CCGGUUUCAUACCGCAUGCGUAGCAGCGCGUGAGCGUAGCGUGAGCAGCGCGUGAGCAGAGCGUUUGCUGCUCGCAGCCAUUUUUCUUUCACACCGGUAGCGUUUGCAGCACGCAGCUAACACACAGCUUUUUUUCAGAAUGGGUAAGUUUAUUCUUUAUUUUAUACAACUGUAUUUGAUAUGGCGAUUAUGUCAGUCAGUUUUAUUUGCAAAAGUAUGUUUUUAUCUUUGUUUCCGUGUAGUCCCAGUUGUAGAUAGAAGAAAGGCAAUUGCGCUGUAUAUGUUACUACGAAGGUUGAGAAGGAAGACGAGACGCAGAUUAUGGGUUCACCCAGCAAACCUACGCAGGAGAGAAUAUGGUGCUUAUUUCCAUCUUGUGUCUGAAUUGCGGCUCGACAGUGAUCGCCACCUGAAGUACUUCAGAAUGAGUGCAGAGCAGUUGGAUCAUAUUCUCUCCCUAAUCGGAGCCAAACUUACGAGGCAAACAACUAACUACCGGAGGUCCAUAGAACCUAAGCAACGUCUUGCUGUUACAAUACGAUAUCUUGCAACUGGGGAGAGUUUUACCAGCCUGGCAUUCCAGUAUCGAUUAGGGAUAAGCACCGUGUCUCAGUCUGUAUAUAUGACCUGCAAAGCCAUUGAGAGUGAAAUGAUGGCAUCCCAGUUCCCUAGACCAACAGGGGAAAUGUGGAAAACUAUUGCCUCAAAUUUUUGGGAAAAAUGGAAUUUCCCAAACUGCCUAGGAGCUAUUGAUGGGAAACAUGUUACCAUUGUGUCACCUGCACAUUCUGGAAGCAUGUUUUUCAACUAUAAGAGGACCUUUUCUAUUGUCCUCCUAGCGCUGGCAGAUGCAGACUACAAGUUUACAUUUGUUCAGGUUGGUGACUUCGGCAGAACAAGUGAUGGAGGUGUGUACAGUGGUUCAGCUCUCGGAAAAGCAAUGGAGGACAAAACUUUGUCUGUCCCUGAAGACUGCCCUUUGCCAGGAUCAGGAGUUCAGGGCCCAAUGCCACACACCAUGAUUGGAGAUGCUGCAUUUCCUUUAAAAACAUAUUUAAUGAGACCUUUUCCUGGGCAUAGAAUUCCACGAUGGAGAAGAAUUUUCAAUUACAGACUGUCAAGGGCAAGGAUGGUUGUGGAGUGUGCUUUUGGCAUUCUAUCAUCCAGGUGGAGGGUACUCCAUACGAGGAUGAAUGUCAAGCCAGAAAAUGCUGACUCUAUAGUGACUGCUGCAUGCAUCCUUCACAAUUUUCUCAUUAAUCCAUCACAAAAUCAAAGAUGGCUUGAUGAGGCUGAAGAAAGAGCGGGGGUGCUACCACCUGUUAGAAAUAUGGGUGGAAAUAGAGGAAGCAGAGAUGCUUAUGAUGUGCGUGAGAAGCUCUGCACGUUUUUCUGCUCACCUGAAGGUAGAGUGUCCUGGCAAGACAAUAUGGUCUAGGUGUAGCAACAGACCAUAAGUAAACAUAGACAAAAUGUUCUUAAAAUGUCUAAAAUACCAAAAUAUAAUCUGUACAUUGUGAAAUGAUAACGGUUUAUUUUAUGCUCAACUUUAAACCCACACUUUCUGUAUAUAUAGUAUCUUCUAUUCUUCUGUAAAUAUCUG